CACACAGUCUGUUUUUAAUUUUCGGGAAAGUAAAGAAAUCGUUAGAACUUAGAUCGGGACUAUAUGGAGGAUGGUCCAAUAAUUCCACGUUUUCUUCCUUUAAAUACUGCCUUGUUUUUUGGGCUGUGUACGAGCUGCAUUGUCUUGGUGGAGGAUGAUUCUUUCGGGGUUGAUUUUUCGAAGCUCCGUGAUGACUUUUGGCAAACAAAUGGUGGUAUACCAAUCCGCAAGAAAUUGUUGCAAUAUGACCCGCUUUUGACACAAGUGUCGCGACCAUCUUUUUCGAAACACUUUGAGAACGGAUGA